AUGUUAUCAGUGUGUGGUGGAAUAGGUGUUUAUUUUGGAUUUGUAAAAAAGCAAAAUUCCACUCAAGAUUACUUGAUGGGAGGUAGGAAUAUGAAAAUAGUCCCAGUGUGUUUUUCUCUAGUAGCUAGCUUCAUUUCAGGUAUAUCAUUAUUAGGAAUACCAACAGAGCUGUAUAUCUAUGGGACAGCGUAUGUUUUUUCUCAUAUAGGGGCUUUGUUGAUGUCCAUUGUAAUAUCGUAUACUUUUAUUCCGGUAUUAUAUGAAUUACAACUUACAUCUGUUUAUGAGUACUUAGAACUGCGUUACGAUAAAAGGACAAGAUUAUUUGGAUCUGUAAUUUUCAGCGUUUAUUUGAUGGCUUGGCUUCCUAUAGUUAUUUAUGUUCCAGCGUUAGCUUUUAAUCAAGUGACCGGUAUAAAUAUACAUAUUGUAUCGCCUCUGGUGUGUAUCGUUUGCAUCUUUUAUACAUGUGUGGGAGGUCUCAAAGCAGUUGUAUGGACCGAUGUAAUACAGACAAUUGUUAUGAUUGGGGCUAUUAUAUUGGUCAUAGUUAAAGGAACUAUUAUAGUCGGAGGUCUAGACGAAGUAAUUGCAAGAAAUUGGGAAACCAAUAGAAUAGAAUUCCCAAGUUUUGCUUUAGAUUUGACAGAGCGCCAUUCCAUAUGGUCGGUGACAAUAGGAUCCAUGUUUUAUUGGAUCGGCAAUAUAGCAACUAAUCAAUCUAUGAUGCAAAGAUUCCUCGCGCUAUCAGAUUUAAAGAUGUCGAUAAGUAUAAGUGAAGAUUCUUCCGAAUUAUCUGAUUCCUCUUCUUGCUCGAGUUCCCAUAACGUGGAAACGGUGGCAGUGGAGGUUCAUGAGCAGGAGCCGCAACGGGCCAAGUCAAGUGCCCUGCCAACCACGCCUGCUCCUUGCCAAACACAGCGAAAACGGAAGCUUUCAGGCUCAAAGGAGCGCAGUGAAAAAAGGAGAAAACGUCUUGAAGAAACCAUACAUUAUUUGGCUCAACAAGUAAGUGGUAUACAAAAUUAUAUUGCGAACAGUAGCGUUGCUUUUCAACCUACAUGUCACUCUAGUGCUUACGUGCCUGACCAAGGACAAAACAUAGAUAUUGAUUCAGAUAUUAGUGCAGAUGUUAGUGGUGAACUAUAUACCCGUGAGAAUUGUACGCAGGAGCCAGUGCAGACUUCUGAAUUGCCCGUUAGUUUCAAUUUUUCUCUGAAUACUGUGUUGAAAGAACCAACAAUACAAAAGUCUUCUCAGGCUCGCGUAAAGUUAAUUAAUUCAAUACAACAUUUUGAUACUGAAGAUUGGAACAACGUACGCUAUGCAGAAGUGCAAAAGCAGUACUGUUCUGCUCCGGGUUUUACAUAUUUAGACACUAAUGAAGAAAUCAAAUCAUAUGAUAAAUAUUCAUCUCUUGCGCUUAUUGAGCGGGGUUUCGCUGCCAUUACACAGGCUCUUAUUAUGCAAAAUGAAGCCGCACAGAGCGCUUUUACAGCUUUAAUUGAGUGGGCAAGUUUCUCAGGUAAUAAUAUCACUGCUAAAUCACUGCAUGAAAAAGUGAAUGAAUUAUUUAUAAAAGGAAAUUUUCAAAAAAUUAGUAGCGAUGUUUUACAGUUAGCUUGUGGUCACAGAGCUGAAUUAGUACAACAAAGGCGUGAUAAUAUUUUGCGUUCAGUAAAAGAUAGUUUUUUGAAGUCAAGUUUCCGUAAAAUCCCUCCCACUAGUGAGAAUCUUUUUAAUAAGGAAUCUUUCACUACUGCUAUCGAAAAAUCUGGGGGUAUGUCUAAAGUUUUCUGGCAGCUCCGAGCGCCGACACAAAAUAAAGCUGCUGCGCAAGCACAGCCCCAUCAGCAGACUCAGGUCACACCUAGUCAUGCAAUGAGAAUGCCUAGUGCAGUUAAUUGUUACUAUCCUCAAUUUGAUUAUAUAAAUAGGCCACCUUUCCAAGGUGCCUGGAAUACUUUUAAUGUUAAUAGUCAAGGACGAGAAUACGUCCGCCCUACCUUUAGAUCAAAUCAGCUGCAACAAUUAAGGCCCUUUCGUCAAAGGCCAGGAUCACAAAAUUUUCAAAAUUCAGAGAUGUACUCAAACGCAGCCAGGCCUCCAUUAGUAAUACCAGACCUAGUCUCCCAUCGUUUUCAAACUCCAGUAUCGAAAGACAUGGACUUAAUUAUAGACCAAUUAAUGAAAAUGGGGGUCAUAGAGCCGACUCCGCUCAGCCCCAGUUUUGUGUCACAAAUAUUUCUAAUACCGAAGGACGACGAUCCAUGCAUCCAAUAUUCAAUU